AUGUAUGAACAAUUAAUUAAAGAAAUCCGUCUUGAACUUGAAUAUUAUGAUCAAAGUGUCUAUGAUCUAGUUAGUUAUUGUUGUGACAGAUAUUCUAAUAAUCCAAAAGAAUUGGAAAACAUUCAACUGUUUCAGCAAGGAUAUAGUGAUAAGUCACCCAUAUGGUGGUAUACUUGUGAUAGUUUCAUUUAUCAUAUGCUUAAUUGGGCUCUUCGUGAACAAGAGUUUGAUGCUAUCAUAAGAAUAGCAUUUUUUAUUUGUAAUCUACAUCGACACAUUGAACAAGUCUAUUUGGAACAAUUUAAAGAAUGUCAAAAAGAAUUUAUCGUCUAUCGUGGUCAAAGUAUGACGCCAGAACAGUUCGAAAAGUUAAAAAAAUCAAAAGGUGAAUUAAUGUCGUUCAAUAGUUUCUUAUCAACAAGUAUAGACGAAAAUGUUGGUUUAGAGUUUGCUGAAAAAGCUUUAAGUAGUGAUCCCUCAGCUGCUAUAAAAAAAAUGAAAGCGAAAUUCUAUUCUCGAUGCUGA